CUUUAAAUAAAGCCACGAGCCGCACCAUGGCCUGCAGUUGAAGAUGUCGCUUUUGCUGCUAACAUUCCUGGCGUGCCUUGCCGCCUUGGCCCACGGCAAGCCCGGUUACGGACCCGGGGAACAGGACUGGGGCUAUGUGGACGUGCGCCCCGGCGCCCACAUGUUCUACUGGCUUUACUACACCACCGCCAAUGUUUCGGACUAUACGGAUAGGCCUCUGGCCAUUUGGCUACAAGGAGGUCCUGGGGCUUCCUCCACCGGAUACGGAAACUUCGAGGAGCUGGGACCCGUCGAUCUGUAUGGCGAUUGGCGCAGCUGGACCUGGGUGAAGGAUAUGAAUGUCCUGUUUAUCGACAAUCCCGUGGGCAGUGGUUAUAGCUAUGUGGAUAACACCGCUUUUUACACGGCCACCAACAAGGAAAUAGCCCUUGACUUGGUCGAGCUGAUGAAGGGCUUUUAUAAGCUGCAUCCCGAGUUCGAGGCGGUUCCCCUGCACAUUUUUUGCGAGAGUUACGGCGGUAAGAUGGCCCCUGAGUUUGCUUUGGAGCUGUACUACGCCAAAGAGCGGGGUGAGGUAAAGAGCAAUCUCACCUCGGUAGCUCUGGGUGAUCCCUGGACAUCGCCCAUCGAUUCUGUCCUGGCCUGGGGGCCUUUCCUCAAGGAACUGGGAAUUGUGGAUCACGAGGGUUACCGGGCCAUUCAGGAGGCUGCAAACUUGACAGCCCAACUGGUCGAGCAGGAGCGAUGGAUCCAAGCCACCUAUCAGUGGGGCAACACGCAGUGGGAGGUGAUGAAGGCCUCCAAGGGCGUGGACUUCUACAAUGUGCUGAAGGAGACGGCAGGCGGCCGCUAUCAAAGACAACUGUCAAUGAGCCCUGAAGAACGUAUUUUCCGAACCAUGGUCAAAUUCGAUAUCGACGAAGAUCGCACUAAGCUGCUGGAGGAUCUGAUGCGAGGCCCUGUGGCCGAAACCCUGGGCAUCCCCUCGAACGUGGUGUGGGGUUCACAGAGUGGAACCACUUUUGAUAUCCACAGAACCGACUUUAUGAAGCCAGUUAUUCACAUUGUGAACGAACUACUGGAGAAGACUCCCCUGAAGGUGGGCGUGUUCUCAGGUGGCCUGGAUCUAAUCUGUGCCACUCCUGGCACCGUCAACUGGAUCGCCCAGCUGGAUUGGAGCCGCCGGGAUGAGUACCUGGCUGCUCCGCGUAAUGCCAUCACAGUGGAUCGCAUUCUGGAGGGUUAUCAGAAGACUGGAGGCAACUUCACCAUGUACUGGAUCAACCGCAGCGGUCACAUGGCUCCGGCUGAUAACCCAGCUGCCAUGAGCCAUGUCCUGCGCCAGUUUACCAAUUUUGGGUAGAUCAAUUGUCGAUUUUUUAAAAUAAAAAGGAGUAUAAAAUUUAAA